AGCAACAAAUGCUGUUGCGAUAAAUAUGCUAAAAUAUUGUAGUAGCUGACAACUAACCACAGCAGCAGGCAGCAAAUAAACAGCACCACACCUCUCCCCACCACACCGCACUUCACCUUAGCUUAGUGCUAGAAGGCAACUAUUUAACGACUCAACGAGCGUAGCGCCCAACGUGUGAAACUCCCCACGCAGCCUGACCCCUAGCCCAGGCCAAACACAGCCGCUCAACCCGCGACAACAACAAAAAAUGGCCUGCUUUCCGCGUCUCUUCCAUCAUCGCAGCAAAAACAAAUUUACGCCGGCUGAAGAUGAGAACACAGACACCAUACUCAACACACAAGGCAGCCCCGUGGAAAUUAGUCUCUACGUACGGCGCGAGGAGGAACCGCUUUACUCGCCCAUCAUCACGCCCAGCACAAGUGAAGCGCAACUGCAGCGCCUAAGACAACAGCCCUCCAGCUCCGCCGCCCAGCCGCUCGAAGCUGUGGCCGAAAAUGUGGUCAACACCGAGCUCCUAGAGAGUCAGCAACAGCAGCCACAGCAGCAGCAGCAGACAAAAAAGUUUCGCUCGAACAGGAGCAGACCUCAAACCGAGGACAAGGAGAGGGAGACGGACAAGGAGAAGAGCUCUAUGGCCAAUGGCAGUGCAAUUAAUGUCACACGUAACAAUUCAAAAUUAAAACCCGUCAAAGAACGUCGCCCCACAGCGCUGCCCACCGAGGCGCCCCAUAUGGAUGGCGAUGAUGUUCAAAGUGACACUGAUGAAAGCCAUACAAGAGAGGAGCAGGAGCAGGAGCAGCGGCAGGAGCAGGAGCUGGCGCUGCCACUGACUGGCAAUGUUGUGGCUGGCAAGCCAAAACUCAAAGGAAGUGUGAAUGGCAUAACUGAUGAGAGCGCUGGCCACAAUGAGCCAGUCCAACAGCAAACCCCAUCGACAGCCACGUCCUCGAUAUUCACACCAGCGACGCCGACAAAGGCAAAUGUUAAAUUUUUCAUUGGUCAUACACAGGUACUAAAUGCCGAACAGCAUACUGAUGACACUUUGUCCUGUCACAGCAAUGAUGCCAACAACAACAACAGCAACAACAAGCUCAAGCUCACUAACGGCACAUUGCCAACGGACCGACAGCAGCAGCGCCUGGUAGAGCCCUCAUCCGCACCGGCAGAGCCCUCAAAUGUCUCCUUCAAUUAUCUAAGAAGAUCUAAAAGCACGAUAGCCACCAACGAGCCAACGUUCGCCAACAACGGCCAGCGACGUCGUGUAUCCACAAUGCCGCACAUUAACAUACCACCACCGCCGCCGUUGCCAGUGGAGCUCCUAAAGCCGGUUACCCCACUCCAUUUGCGCAAGAAGCGAAGCACCGAACCUCCGGCUGCCACCAAGGAACUGCCGCCAGGCGAUGUACCGGACGGUGUAGUCACUCAAGAUGAAGUGGGCCAGCGCAAGGAUAGCGACUCGGGCAGCAAGAGCAGCCGCAGAGGCUCCACAGCCAAAACACAUCGCGUUGAGGGUGGCCUCAUCUAUGUGCGACCGAAUUUGCCCGUGCAGCAGAAUAUUGAAAUCGAAUUUAAUGCAAAGGACGAAGCCACACGCAAUCUCAUACUGGAGGCCAUCGAGCGCAAUGAUUUCCUCAAUAAUCUAAUGGACAAGGAGCGCAAGGACAUGGUCAUCAAUGCAAUGGCCCCGGCCAGCUACAAGAAGAACAGUUACAUCAUCAACGAGCACGACGAGGGCUCCGAGUUCUUUGUCUCCGCCGAGGGCUACUACGACGUCAUACAGGCGGGCAAACAUGUCGGAAAUUUCGGCCCAGCCACGGUUUUUGGCGAACUGGCAAUACUCUAUAACGCGCCACGCAAGGCCACCAUUAAGGCUGCCACCGAUGCUCGAGUCUGGAAGAUAACGCGCGAGACAUUUCGAGCCAUCAUGCAAAUCUCCGGCUCGCGGGAGCGCGAGGAGAAUUUGCAGUUCCUGCGCUCAGCGCCUUUCCUGCAGGAGCUCGACGAGAGUGUACUCAACAAAGUUGUGGAUCUAUUGCAGCGGAAAUUCUAUGAAACCGGCAGCUGCAUUGUGCGCGAGGGCGAGGUGGGCAAUGAGUUCUUCAUCAUACGCGGCGGCACGGUGACCAUCAAGAAGAGGGACGAGUCCAAGCAGGAGCAGGUCGUGGCCAAGCGGAAACGGGGCGACUACUUCGGAGAGCAGGCGCUGAUGAAUGCGGACGUGAGACAAGCGAGUGUCUAUGCCGAUGCGCCGGGCACUGAAGUGCUCAAGCUGGACAGAGAAGCAUUCAUCAGUUACCUGGGCACCAUCAAGCAGCUGAGCGAGAAGCCGCAGGAGCAGGCCAUUGAGAAUGGCCGUGCGAGCACUCGCAGCACCGAGUUCGACAACGAGCACGCCCACAUUGCCAUUUCGGAUCUGAAGAAGGUGGCAACCCUGGGCGCCGGUGCCUUCGGCCGGGUGGAUCUGGUCACCCACAACAAUCAGACAUUUGCGCUGAAGAUCAUAAAGAAGAUCGAGGUCGUCAAACAGGAUCAAAUCGAGCAUGUGUACAAUGAGAAGAACGUGAUGAUCAAAUGUCGCGCUUCGCCCUUCAUAGUGCAACUCUAUCGCACCUAUCGUAACGAGAAGUAUGUGUACUUUCUGAUGGAGGCCUGCAUGGGCGGCGACGUCUGGACGGUCAUGUCAAAGCGUCAGUAUUUCGAUGAUAAGACUGCCAAAUUCAUAGCUGGCUGCGUUGUGGAAGCCUUUGACUUUCUGCACUCCCACAACUUCAUCUACAGAGACCUCAAGCCAGAGAACCUAAUGCUCAGCAGCGAUGGCUACUGCAAACUGGUGGACUUUGGCUUUGCCAAGUAUGUGCGCCCCAACGAGAAGACAAACACGUUUGCCGGCACGCCCGAGUAUGUGGCGCCAGAGAUAAUAUUGGACCGUGGUCACGAUCGAUCCGUGGACUACUGGGCACUGGGAAUACUCGUCUAUGAGCUGCUGGUGGGCAAGACACCGUUCCGAGGGGUCAAUCAGGUGAAGAUCUAUCAGAACAUCCUCAGCGGCAUCGAUGUCAUCCACAUGCCCUCGCGCAUACCCAAGUCCGCCCAGAACCUGAUACGGCACCUGUGCAAGCAGCUGCCCGCGGAGCGACUGGGCUAUCAGCGCAAGGGCAUUGCGGAUAUCAAGCGGCACAGCUGGUUCGAUAGCUUGGACUGGAAUAAGCUCAAGCAGAAGCAGUUGCCCUCGCCCAUCAAGCGCGUGCUGAGGAGUCUGACCGACCUGCAAUACUUUAUGCCGCUGGGCGUGGAGACGGACUACGAGCCGCCCGAAGAGCUGAGCGGCUGGGAUAAGGAUUUCUGAAGAAGUUUGCAGCUCAAGCGAUAUUUUUUAGUGGUAAAUCUUAGUCACGUAGUUGGCGGGGGGCGAAUAUGUAACGUAAGUUGUAAAUAAAUUGAUAUUACGCUUGUUUAA